AUGUGGCGAAAAGCAGUGAUUGGCCUCACAGGCCUCGUCGUUUGUACAACUGCGUGGUCGAACACAUCCACGCAAUGUCGCUGGCAUAUCGCACCACCUCUGGCGCAACAGGAACGGACAGAAUGCCCACUGCCGCUUGGCGAUCCUCAGAGGGCCGGCGACAAUGUUGACCCAUGGACUCAUGAGCUCAGCUGCGUUUACGCACGAUCCGAGCAGGGCACACCGUCCGGACAAGCCAAGGCUGCCUACUGCCUUUUCGCUCACCACACGUUCCGUGGUAACCAUGGACUGAGUAUUACUACUUCGCCAGAGAUUGCAGCAGACAUUGUGGCCUCCGGCGCUCUAGAGGACAUGGAAGACUCAUGGGACUGGGAGCGGCGGAUCUUUACGCCUGGUCCAGUCGUCACAAACAAAGGCUCGUCGUACGCUGUGAAGGAUCUCCCUGGCAGAGGCAAGGGAGUCAUUGCGCAAAGGACAAUUCGUCAGGGCGAAAUACUCAUGCUCGAUUAUCCUGCCGUGCUGGUGGCGAGCGACUUCUCCUACCAGAUGCAACCAGAGAUGCGAGAAACGUUCUUCAGACGAGCGCUAUCACAGCUUCCAAAAGACACACAGAAACGUCUAGUGAAUCUGGCUCGCUCAGAUGGGGCAGACCCCCUCACGCCCAUGUACGAUAUUGUCACGACAAACACAUGUGGCGUUUUCCUUGGGGACAAUGAAGCUCACAUUGGUCUAUUCCCGGAAGUCUCACGCUUGAAUCAUGCGUGCAAGCCAAAUGCAUUUUUCCGUUUCUCUCAGCGAACUUUGACGAUGCAAGUGAUUGCCUACCGCGAUAUCCGUGCAGGCGAAGAAAUUACGAUAAACUAUGCUCCGCUCGGCAUGCCGCACAAAGUUCGGAAGAAAUACCUUUUUGAUAAUUACGGGUUUCACUGCCGUUGCUCCCUUUGUCAGUCAAGCCCGGAGGACAGGGCCAUUUCUGAUGCCAGGAGGAUGCGCAUCGUCGAGGUUCGCGGCAACAUGAGGAAGGCUCAUGAGAAAGGGAAGCUUACCGAUGCUAUCACGCACGCCGAAGAGCUUCUAAGCCUUUCUGAGGCUGAAGGGUUGACACCCCUCAUGCAUGAGUACCACGAAAUUUUAGCCAGUAUCUACCUUGAACGGCUCGAUAUUCCGAAUGCGCGGAAAUACGGGCAAAUAACUCUUGAUGGAUGGAUACGGUUCAAAAGCGUGGAUAGCUUCCACGUUGAGGCUAUGCGUGGCUUCAUGCGCCAGAUCGACCAUGUCGAAGAAACGAUUCGUGAAACGAAGGGGGUUCAUAGUUAG